CUUUCUCUCUCUCUCUCCCUUUCUCUAUCUCUUUCUCCUGCACCACCUGUUAGUGCAGAUCCCUGUGCUUUGGAAUUCACUUGUUUAUGAGGGAGUCUUUCACACUCACAAUCACAGCUCUAUGACGGUGCGUAAAGGAAAAAAGCUCACCAUCUCCAUCCAGGAACACAUGGCCAUAGACGUCUGUCCAGGCCCCAUUCGACCAAUUAGACAGAUAUCUGCCUAUUUCCCUCGACUCUCGCCGACCGCUGAGCCCGUCUCACCAAACCCUUCUGCUUCUCCAUUGGCUCUCAGCCCGGGAGGUGGGGCCUCUGGAGGAACGAGUGGAGGUCUCUUGUCCCCUCUGUCGGCAGGGGCAAGGGGAGGGGGAGGGACUCUGUCAGCAGCGAGCAGCAUUGAGACCUCAGUGGACAUCUGCAGUUCAGACAGUGAUGACUGUACUGCACUGGGUACAUUAGAGUUUGAACUGAGGUAUGAGAGGGCAACCAGUUCACUUCACUGUAACAUCAUCAGAGCCAAGGGUCUGAAACCUAUGGAUUUCAAUGGCCUGGCAGAUCCUUAUGUUAAACUUCACCUUCUCCCAGGAGCAUGCAAGGCUAAUAAACUGAAAACCAAAACGGUUCGUAAUUCUCUAAAUCCUGUUUGGAAUGAGACCCUCACUUACAUAGGCAUCACAGAAGAGGAUAUGCACAGGAAGACCCUGAGGUUAUCAGUGUGCGAUGAGGACAAACUGACUCAUAAUGAGUUCAUCGGAGAGUCUCGCGUGGCCCUGAGACGUGUGAAACCAGACCAGACAAAACGUUUCUACACCUGUUUAGAGCAUCCACCGCCUCUUCCCUCACCUACAGCAAUGGGAGCAGCCCUGCGAGGGAUCUCCUGUUACCUAAGAGAGUGGGAGAACGAACAGUUAACCAGUUUGGAAGAAAGAGGCCGCAUGUUGCUCUCCCUGCAGUUUCUUUCUCCACCUGAAGAGGGAGACGGAGAGGGUCAGCGAGGGGGAUUGUGUGUGGGAGUGCUACGCUGUGCUCAUCUGGCCGCCAUGGAUGUGAAUGGUUUCUCGGAUCCCUAUGUAAAAAUAUAUCUGAAGCCAGAUGUGAAGAAGAAAUCCAAACACAAAACAGCAGUGAUUAAAAAGACCCUUAACCCGGAAUUCAAUGAGGAGUUCUUCUAUGAGAUCUCUCUAGCAGAACUGGUUCAUAAAACACUGGAGGUUACGGUAUGGGAUUAUGAUCUGGGAAGAUCGAAUGAUUUCAUAGGUGGUGUGUGCUUGAGCUGUCAGGUUCAAGGAGACGCUCUUCGCCACUGGAUGGACUGCCUGAGGAACAAGGGUCAAAGGGUGGAGCGGUGGCACAUUCUGACCAAUGAGCUGCCUCAGACCACCUGCCAUGACUGAGGAAGUUACCGGUCAGGAAUGAGCAAAUCAGUCACGAUAGGUUCAUCGAUUUGAUUGCUGUGAGGUGGACAUGAAGAUAAUGAUAUGAGCUGGGAGGUCCAACCAGGGGCCAAAAAGUAAAUUACAAUCUUUGUGCUGUUUCAAAGGAGGCUGGGGAUGGUUGUCUCUUGACUUGGUGUCACUCAAAGUGACUCGCCACCCCUUUCACACAUUUCUCUCUCUCUCGCUCUCUGCUAGGGCUGGGCGAUUUGGCCUGAAAUCAAAAUUUCGAUUAAUUGAACAUUUUCUCUCGAUUAUUGAACGAUUAUUUUGUUUUGGUUUAUUUUUCUUUGUGUUUUGCCCGCGUAGAUCACUGACAAUGUUUGUAGUGUAAAUAUGCCCAACUAAAGGUGGAGUAUUUUUUCUAAUUAAACAUUUCUUAUCUCAUGUUAUUUUUAGAUAAUCAAAGAAAAUACAAAGUAUUUAUGGUUAUUUAUUGAACAUUUCGAAUAAUAGACAUCUUGGUGUUAUUUUUUGGAAACGUUUCCUCUGCCACUGAAGGCAGGAGAACAAACGCAACACAAAUCAGCAAAUCACCUGUCUGCAUGUGUCGUGAGAUAUGCGGUGUACUUUAGGACCCUGUCUGGAGACACCAGUCCUGCCGUCAUAAGAGCUGUCACGUGAAAGAAACAGACGGAGUUUAACGGAGUUUUUAAUAGUUGAACGGAGCUUAAAACUCAGUCUGUCUAAAGAAAUAUGAAGUAAACGUGUUUCAGUAUAUCUAUAUUUCUCACAAUAUGCACAUUUUUGGACUAAAAGUCUUGUGAUUACUAAACGGGAGCCUUUCACGCUUAUUAUCCUACAUAAACAGAACAUUUUAUUUCCAUUUGAAUGGGGUAAUUUAAAAGUAGACAUUUUAAGCUUUAUUUAGACAUACGUUUGUGUGAUAAGUAUUUGCAGAGUUUUGGAUCAAUGACGCAUUUCAGAAAUUAUUUCUGUGAGCGGAGUGGAGACGGCUGAUAACGCGCCCUGUUUAUUUUCUUUAUUUUACAAAAUAACAACGCUUUGAUGUUAUUGUAAGCGUACACGCGUAAAAGUAGACAACUUACAGUUUCUAAUAAUGUCUUGCAUAUAUGUGUAUGCCCAAAAUAAAUCGAAUAUUUUAAUCUUUUGCUCUAGAAAAAAGUGAGGUAUAGCGGCACGCGUCGACAUGGAUAUUAAAGGGAUAGUAAUCGAAAUAACCGACAUUGAAAAAUUACGUCGGUUAGAGCUUCUUAAUAUCGGUUUCGAUUACUUUUUGAUAAAUCGCCCAGCCCUACCUGCUGCAUGUUUUCUACAUAUUUUGCAACGUCGAAGUGAAUUUUACUCUAAUGAAAUCGUGUGUAGCACACCACUCAUUUUUGACUGACUGAUUGUGUAUUUUAAUGUUGAGUGCUUUCGUAAUGCUUGCAGACAGAAUUAAGACGCAUCUUGACGCAGAACAUGGAGGUGCAUGUAAACUGCCUGCAGUAAACUCAUUACAAUGAUGAACACAUGCGGAGGGUCCUUGAGGGCCUGUGCUCUCGAUAGUGUCAGUCAUAUCUGAACUGAAUACAAUUACAUGAAAAGACGUUUUGUGUGUACUGCUAACAAACAGACUAUCCAUUUUGUAGCAUGAUGCAAUGUUUACAUUUUUUACUUUGCGAACUGUGUUUACCAAGGUCUCAGAUUUGGCAGUUGUAAAUUUCCAUUUCCUUUAAAGAGCGAUUUUAUGGACAUGCUACGAUUUGAUAUCACAUACAUUAAGUAAUUGAAAUAUUUUUGGAAUCUAAUGUUUGUAUGUGCUAUAUACUAAGAUCAUGGAGUGCGUCUGCAUGCGUGUGAGUGCCGUUCGGUUGUUUUGUACAAAAAAAGUGUUGUAUUCUUGAGGGUUUGUGCUUUACAUUUAUAUCAAAGUGUUUAUGUACAAUUUGGAAAUACAUUUGAAAUGCAUUA